AUGUCACAGCAGAAUCCAACUUCGUACGACGUUGGCUAUGCUUCAAACUCUCGCCAGAGCACCGACAGAAAGCGCGGCUAUGCAGAAGAACAUUUGCAGCAUGAAGAUCCAAACAUGAGGCAGCAAAUCAGUACUUAUGGGCAAGCCACGGGAAGCGUCUCACUCGGCCAACCCUCUCAAGGAUAUCCAUUCCAAGAGCACCCGCCUCUGGCAGCCACACAAUCCGCCCUACCUCCUACACAUCAUCACCACCUCCCCAGUACACAUCGCGACAAGAGACAACGCAGGGAGGGCUCUCCUCCAUCGCCCACCCCUCAACAUGGCCCUCCCAGUGUUGUUGGCCAGCAGGGAAUGCCAAACCCAGCGGCCCGACCGCGCGGUCCAAAGCUCAAGUUUACCAAUGAAGACGACCAGCUCCUCGUCGACCUCAAGGAAAAGAAGAACCUCACCUGGAAGCAGAUUGCCGAUUUUUUUCCCGGCCGCAGUUCUGGCACACUGCAAGUCCGAUAUUGCACCAAGCUCAAAGCGAAGACCACAGUCUGGACCGAUGAAAUGGUACAAAAGCUUCACACCGCUAUGCACGAGUAUGAAAACGAUCGUUGGCGUAUUAUAUCCUCCAAAGUCGGCAGCGGCUUUUCGCCCGCGGCGUGCAGAGACAAAGCGCUCGAGUUCGACGCGGGAGAGCCGCCUGGCGAAGACCAAGAGCAGGAACAUAGCGGCUACGCGGAUUCGCCUACAGUUGCUGGCGGGCCUAGCGAUCUAGGCCCACCUUAUCAAUGA